AUGUUAUCAUUAUCAAACUAUUUAUAGAGUUUGUAGAUAGAAUAUGUUUUAGGCAUUAUUACAAAAAAAGAAGAUAAUUAAAUAAGUACUACUGGAAAGUUUGCAUUAUAUGAUGUAGAUUGCGAUCUUAUUUUAAAUUUAAUACCAUAAAUGUUUUAGCUUAUUAUACUUUUAACUAUAAUAUAUAAAAGCAAGAAAAUCUAUGUCAUGUACUAAAAUUUUUUUUCAAAAUUGUUUUCAAAUUAUUAAUUGUAAAAUCCAAAGAGUGUUAAUUAGAAAAUGAUAUAAUUUAUUCUAAAUGUUGGAUAAUAAAUUAAGAAAAUCAUAAAAUAUAGACAUUAAUUUAGUUUAAGAUUAAUCAUGCCCAUUUUUUCUUUAAAUGCUUGGGAUAUUUUAUUUAAACUAUUAUUGCAAAUUCAUUUUAAUAAACGAUAAAACUCAAGAGAAUAAUUUUAAUAUAUUUGCAGCCUAUCUAUAUUAACAUUUUAUUUAACAAUUAUUUUGUAAUCAUAUAGCAAAAGUAUCAUAAAGAAUUAAUUUACUGAUAAAAAUUCCCUUUAAAUUAGAUACGCAACAUUAGAUAUUUUUAGAACAUUUUUAUUUCAUAUUGUGCUAGUUUUCUUUUAAAGUCAAUCAAUAAUUUAGUCAUUAUUAAUAGCAAUAAAUAGCAUUCUUCAUUGCUUUUUUAUCUAAAAAUAUUAACAAAUUAAUAAAUUAGAUAAAUUUGUUAACAUAUUUACAGAAGCUACUGUAGCACUUUUUAGUUUAACUACAUAUGUUUAUUAUAAAGAGAAUUUAUUUACCUAUCAAACUAUUUUAAAAGUUGGAUUUUUUCAUAUGGGCAUAUUAAUGUUAAGUUUAGCUUUAGUCUUUUGUAAAUAAAUUUUCAAAAAAAUCUCAAUAAUUUCAUCCAAAAUUAUUGAAUAUCAAAAAAAUAAAAAUAUAAAUAGACAUGAAAAAUUUUGUUGA